GCCGAGCGGGAGCGGUGCAGGCGAGCGGCAGGUUGUGAGCAGCGAGCAUGGCUGCGGCCGGCAGGGUGCUGGUGUACGGCGGGAGAGGGGCCCUGGGGUCCCAGUGCGUGCAGUACUUCAAGUCCAGGAACUGGUGGGUCGCCAGCAUCGACCUGGCCGAGAACGAGGAGGCCAGCGCCAGCGUGGUGGUGAGAGCAACUGAGUCCUUCACCGAGCAGGCCGAGCAGGUGACAGCAGAGAUUGGAAAGCUGCUUGGUGAAGAGAAGGUGGAUGCGAUCUUAUGUGUAGCAGGAGGAUGGGCUGGAGGCAGUGCCAAAGCUAAAUCUUUGUACAAAAACUGUGAUCUGAUGUGGAAACAAAGCGUUUGGACAUCCACUAUUUCCAGUCACCUGGCCACAAAGCAUCUGAAAGAAGGAGGUCUCUUGACUUUGACAGGUGCUCAAGCUGCUUUAUCUGGAACUCCAGGGAUGGUUGGCUAUGGCAUGGCUAAAGGAGCAGUGCACCAGCUGUGUCAGAGUUUGGCUGGUGCCAAUAGCGGCUUGCCAUCUGGCUCUGCUGCUGUUGCUAUUUUACCAGUUACCUUGGAUACACCAGCGAACAGGAAAUCAAUGCCUGAUGCAGAUUUCAGCUCUUGGACAUCCUUAGAAUUCAUUGCUGAAACCUUUUAUGACUGGAUAACAGGAAAGAAUCGACCAAACUCAGGGAGUCUAAUCCAGGUGAUAACUGCAGGAGGGAAGACUGAACUAGUUCCAGCACAUCUUUGAUGUCGGAUGCCUAAGACGGUGGAACUUCAGCAAAGGAGAAGCUGUGGAAAGUCUGUCUGCCAGCAUAAUUUGAGUGGUCGUCUGUAUCCAGUGAUUGUAACGAUGUCAUUAUUGGAAUCAAAUUUCAAGUAGUAUUUCUGUGCUGUCUGUUGUGAGUUAUCUGCGUUUAUUUACCAGAAAGUAUCAUGCAUUUGUCUCUAAAUGGAAGCUGCAGGCUUUGGAGUCUGUAGAUGUCCUAAAUCCUAGCAUUAUAUGGUGACAUGCUUGUUUUCUCUGAAAUGGGAAUUGCAUUAAUGUUGUGUAAUCUCAUAUGUAAUGAUUGGAUACCUUUCUCAGUCACUGUUUCUAGCAGCUUACCAAGAAUCUUUCAGUUGUCUUUUUUCUUCUUUCUCUGUCUGGGAACAUAGCUCUACCCCUGCUAUUAUGUUGGCUGUAAUUAUAGGAAACACUGUGAUCGUAUGUCCUAGUCUUCUAACACUUCUUGUGUAUGUUCUGCAGGAGUUAGUGGAACUGUAUAGUGAUUAAUAACUUGAGAAGGAGUUCCUAAUUUGCCUUACAGUUUAUGAACUGCUAUCAGGCCUACAGUUGUAGGAUAAAAUAGCAGUUUUGCCAAAUGCCUUUGUGUUAGUACAGAAACACUAGGAAAAAGCAUACACUUCUAUUUGAACAUGAAUAUUUUGUGCUAAAUAAAUGUAUAUUGUUUUACAUA